AUGGAAGCAAAGAAAGAUAAAGACCACGAAACAGAAUAUGCAAGGAUCACCCCUGUGCUUCUGAAGUCUCGAACAGGGGAAUUUGAUCUAGAAUCCAUAUUGUUUCUCAAACUGAGGAGUCUAGGGAUAUAUGAUCUGGGCUGCAUAGGGGAAUGUGUAAACCUGGAGAGACUAGACCUCUCUGGGAAUAACAUCACAAAUCUAGCCCCGCUGGCAUCACUCCGGCUUCUGCUUGUUCUUAAUUUGUCGGCCAAUCGAAUUUCUAAUCUAGAACCCAUUUCAGGCUGUGAAAACUUACAAAGUUUGAAUGUGGCGGGGAACCUUAUUGCUAGUGUAGACAAUCUCCAUGCUCUCAAACCUUUAAAAAAACUGGAGAAUAUCAGACUGAAGGACAACACAUAUAACUAUACAAAUCCAGUCUGCAAGAAUUCUUCAUACAGAAACGUACUGCUUGAAAUGUUCCCAAACAUCAAAGUCUUAGAUGGUGAAAGGGUAGUGGGACGUGGGAGUGACUUAUACCAACUAUGCAAGGACAUCGAUGACACAAUUAAAGCAGGCUUAUAUAAGAAUGGCCAGCUUCCAGAACUGCCGGAAUGCAAGCCUUGGGUCGAAGAUGGAUUUUGGGAGAUUAAAAGAUCUAACAAUGCUAUUGUUGAGGAAGCCUAUAAACAGUUCAGUGAUGUCCUUCAUGAAUGCAGGCUGCUUAACAGCAGAGCAGCUCAUGCCAUUGCCCAAACAGAGAGGAACCUUAGCCUCAAGAACCAACCAAAGCAGUACACUGUUUGA